AUGGCGCCAUGGCGUAGAGAUGAAGAUUUCCUUCAUAUUCAGAAUGAAUAUCAUAAAGUAGAACAGAAUGUGAGAGCUCUAAAUAUAAAGAUUAGAGAUGAACAAGAUAGAUAUCUAAAGCUAGAUGAGGCCAACAAAGAAAUAGCUAAGGAAAGGGAUGAGUUCAAGGACAGAUUCAGUAAAUUAGCUGGAGCCAAACUGACGGCAGGAAAUGCCCGCAUUCAGGACCUGAGUGACAUCAAUCGACCGCAGAAACUGGGAGAGAAAUACUCGGAACUCUACGACAAUGAGUGGACAGACGCACUGGAGGAAAUUCAGGAGAAUGAAGAUUUAAAUGAAAAAGAGGCUGUGAUGAAAUUACUUGAUUUAUUUAAAUCCUGUGUUUCUUUUUGUCAAAUGAGAGCCGAGGAGCAGGAGAUGAGAUUCAUGUCGGCCGUCAGACAGGCUGUCGAUCUGAACAUGGGAGGGGCGGUGUGUAACGGCUCGGGGGAGGGGCCAGAACAGGAAAGUGAUCGACAUAUUUUAUCACCUAGUGAUUCCAAAAUGCUCAAAGAUUUUCUGAAAGCUAAAGGAGGAACUACACUCACAUAUCUUCAACGGGUGUUCCAGACCGAGUAUCCUACAUAUGCAGAAUCAGGGCCUAAAGUACAGGAAUUCCUAAACCAGAGUAUUGAAGUCUGCUGGUUCUCUGCCAUACAAGAUCCACCAUUAGCCUUCGACUGGAAUUUUCCAGAGGGCUCGGAAAUGAUUGAUAAAUAUGUCAAAGUUUUCACUAAAUCGGGAAGUAAAAUUGACUUUGUUGUUUGGCCCGUUAUGAAGUUACAUGUUGAUGGGGAUGUCCUUUGUAAGGGAGUUAUACAGCCCAUCCCUGAAGGAAAGACAAAGAAAAAGAAAAAAGAUUCAGAAUCUUAAUUACAGGAAUAAUGUAGUUAGUCUGAUUUGUAUUUUGAGGUUAAAAAUGUUUUUUUACAAUGUUAAAGAAUAUAUAGUUUUAAAUGGCUUAUUAUUUUUGUUCAUGUUUUUAAAUUUGUAUCCUGUUGCUAUUGCAGUUUUUUGGUUAGAAUAUAGU